AUGCAUUCGACAGUCCAACCCCACGCCUAUAUUGCGUUAGGGCUGCCGUCAGAUACAAUCAAGGUCCAGCAAAUAAUCCCUAAUACGAUAAUAUCGCUUGGAAAAUACGGUUCAUUCUUUGCAAACCAGAUCAUAGGGCGACCUUACCAUCUCACCUUCGAGAUUCUUGAUCAGCCACAUGCGGAAGGCAAUCAUGCGCUUCGUAUCGUUCCAGCGGCUGAGUUGCAUGCAGAAUCAUUAAUAGCCGAUGAGUCUAUUCCCGGGGAAGACGAGGAUAACGAGGAGUUUCGGCACAUUGAAAGCCCCAUGCGGACAAACCGAGAUACUGUUGAUGAUAAUUCGAGCCAGCUUAUGACUAUGGAUGAAAUUGAGGCUUUGAAGGCGGGGACCACACAUGCUGGCAGGGAGAUCAUCAACAAACUUCUCGAGUCCCAUUCCGGCCUAGAUAAAAAGACUGACUUUUCGCUGGCCAAAUACACAUUGAGAAAAAGGAAAAAAUACCUCAAGCGGUUCUCUGUCCUACCCUUGGAUAUACCCCUCCUCACUCACUGGAUGUUAGAGCAGAAAGAUGCCACUAAAGUUUUGGAGCUAAGGGACGAGGUAAUCGGGCUCAUAGGCUGCUGGGCGAAUGUCCAUAAUGGCGGAAAUGCAUUCAUGGUUUCAGAGGCAACCGAACUGCACCAGGCUAGUCGCUGGCUGAUUAUUGACGACACUGGAGGCCUGGUUGUGGCAGCCAUGGCAGAGCGUAUGGGAAUACUCUAUCCUCAUGAGACUUACGUUCGAGACCUAGAUGACGAUGAGCUCCCCUCACGGCUUCAAACCAAAAAAUCCGAUGGCCCACAACCGCAAAAUUCCAGCCAAUAUAAUCCUGCACAACCAAACAGCGACUCAUCUCGGCCCGCUGACAUCGCUUCUUCGUCAGCUCGCCGUCAACGCUUUUCCCCGGGGAUGUCCUCUAACAAUACCACGCUCACUAUGAUCCACCCCAAUGCUCAGCCUAACCUGUCACUUCUCAAGUACUUCUCGUUUGAUGUUGGCGACCCAUCUCCUUCACACCCCCUUCAUACCAAUCUCAAAACUUUAUCUUGGCUGCAGCUCCUCGACCCUUCCACAGAUCCGGUGUAUUCCAAUGAACCUCCGGUCGCAUCAGAAACCGAUCUAGCGAAUUGGAAACCAAAUAAACGUGGCAUGUACUAUCGCAAACGCCGGCGGUGGAAUAAAGUUCGCAGAGUUGUCGACGAAACCCGGGCAGGCGGUUUUGAUGGCCUAAUAGUUGCAAGUUUAAUGGACCCAACAUCAAUAUUGAAGCACACAGUGCCCUUAUUAUCCGGCUCUGCACCAGUGGUGGUUUACGCACCACACAUCGAACCAUUAGUGAUGCUAGCAGACUUUUACUCUACAGCCCGACGCACUGCGUACAUUAGUCUUCUGCGCAUCGCUUCUCAAAAGGACCGGGUUUCUAAUCAUGUCAAAGAUCAGGACGGACCGAAGCAAAACGAGGCAACCGCAAUCAACGAACGUGAUUUCCCAGUUGACCCGACGCUCCUUCUGUCUCCGACCAUACAAACAUCGCGCGAAAAGUCGAAGCGAGAGGCCAUCAGGCAAAUAAAAAAAGGAGGACGGAAAUCCGGAGCCAUCACAGCACGAGAGAUGCCACUCCAGCAGCUACCAUUAUUUCGGACACCCAGAAUCAGAGUUAAGAAUACGGUAACUGCCUAUUUGUACCAAUAUAUCCUCAAUCUAAAAGCCAGUAAUUUCUGGAUUAGUUCGGCAAUAGGACUAGUUGCUGGCAGCCUUAUGGGUAACUCUGUUUUUGAGAUAGUUGAGGCUCCUUCAGCCUACGCGGUUAACACCCCAUGCUCUCAGCAAUUAUUCAAACUGAUGAAGUCAAUCUCUAGAGCUAACCUAAAUCUUGAGAUGCCUCAAGUGGCUUGGAAUGGAGGUAUUUGGAAAUGGUAA